UUUAUAUUCCAAAACUACUGAAGUUUACCGAGUCCACGUACAGGUCCUCUCGACGACGAGCGCGUCCUGCAGUCCCACCGAGUCAAUUACGUGAACUUGUACUCGACUCAUCUAUUGCAACCAAAAUCGUACGGUUCAUUUUGCAGAUACAGUGGCCGCCGUGUACCUCAGCAUUGUUAAAAUGUCAAUCGAUGUCAACAAGAGCAUAGCUCUGAAGCCUAAUUUCUAUGUCUUAACCACAGAUACCAUAAACACAUACCCAGACUUUACUUUUCGACACCCCAUCUGCAUUAGAAAGGUGCCUCGAGCAAUCACGGACUACUUUACUUGUAUCCACUCCAAGGCCCAAUGUACCAUAGACCGGUAGACCUCUGUUGAAGAAAUGGUGGAGUUAAUUUUUGCCCUGACAACGUCCGUCUUCAUUCGCUCGCACGCACUCCACACAGGCAUCCCACUUCCGCCCGCAGCCUUAGUUGAUGUAUUCCCAUAUUUCCUGCCGGGUACUGCUUCUCGGGUCGACGCAUAUGUCGAGGAGCUUGAAGAUCACUAUGUUCCUCACCUUGGAGAAAUCAGAAGAACCUCCAUUGCGCGCAGCGGAAUGGCCAGCUGGGAGCGUGCAAAAGAAGGCACUGCUGCUGGGCGAGAGUCGGUUGAUAAAGGUGUGAAGAACGCUAUGGAGAGCAUCGAACAAGGAACGGGAGUGAAGUGGAUCACGCACAAGAAGUGAGGCAGAAGGCGCAAUGUCGCCAAUAGCUUAGAUAUCAAGGAGGCUAUUAAGAGCCAAAGCUCGAGCGGCGACUCGGAAGACUCCAAGAGACCUUCUUUCGGAUAUUGCACUAGACGAGGUGAGGAUGGUGAUUCUUACCCUACUGAUAACCAAGUCUACUGUCGUCACGA